CCUCCUGAUAACCGGAGCUAUAAAGUGACCACGGGGGCUGUGGCCACCGCGGCCGGACGGGGCAGGGGACACCGGUGCUGGCUGUCCUAGAGCUGCCGCCAUGCCCCAGGCUCUGCUUUUCCUCCCACUCUUCCUCAGCCUGGGGGUCAGCGCUGUCCCCACGGUGUCCCCAGGGCCGGUGGCCGAUGACAGGGCGGUGGCACGGGCGCUGCUGGCACAACUGACGGAGCUCAUCCCACCGCGGGCUCUAACGGGGCGCGGGGUCUCGUGCCAGGCCCUGCGCCCCUCUGCCCUCCCCGGUUUCGCUCAGCUCCCGGUGCCAGCCCGCAGCCUGGCCCGUGCUGCCAUGGUGCUGGCGCUGAGCGCGGCCGCCUGCGGGCCCCAGGCCGAGGCAGAGAUUCUGGGGCUCUCCUGGGAGAUGGGCCCCACCGAGGCCACCGCGCUGCUGCGGGGACUGGCACGUCUGCGGGGGCCCCGGGACCCCCUGAGCCCCCUGCCUCUCCUGCUCCUCAGCCUGGUGAGGUCGGGGGGCUCUGCCCCGGCUCUGCCCUGCGCACCCACCGCCCAUCCCACGGCCCCUCUGGUGAGGGCCCAGGGGGUUUGGAUGUCCCCGGGCUCCAGGGCCCCUGCCCGGCUUCCACCCUGCACCCGCACCCGCAGGCACCGGCGGGAGGAGGAGGAGGAGGACAAUGUCUGCAACCCGCCGGGGGAGCAGGAGGCCCACGGGGUGCUGGAGUGGGUGCCGGGCGUCAGCACCUUCUACAAUUUGGGCACCAGCAUCUACUACGCCUUCCAGGGCUGCCGAGCCCAGGCCUCCACCCGGGCCCUGGAAUUCGCCGAGGACUUGGGCUACACCGGCCUGGCCGCCCUCACCGCCGGCAUCAGCGGCCCCGUGGCCCUGGGGCUGCAGCUGGGACUGAAGCCGGGGCUCAAGGCCGGGGUGCGGGCGCUCGUCCAUUACUUCACCUCGGACGGGGACCCCCCGCCCGCCCCCACCGCCCACAGCGGCCCCGUCCUCAUCAUCUGAAUAAAAGCCUCGUGCGGCGCCGA